GGAGGGCCAGGGCGGGGCCAGGCCCGGGGCGUCCUCCCCUCCGCUCCACCCCCGCAUGAUACAAAAGGGCCUCUGUCCUCAUUACAGCAAGGGAUCAGUGCGGUGGCUCCCCUACGCUCCCUGGUUUUGACUGCAAGGGAAAAAGACUGGCUCGGUGGCUUUCCUCUAUCUCCCGGUCUCGGCACAAGCCCAAGAAUACUACCAGAGGAACUUGAGAAUCUGCCCCCAGUCCGCAGGCACUGCUGCAGCGCCCACUUGCUUCGCUUCCAGUGGCGCAACCUUCGGGGAUUCCACUUCAGCACGCGGAGGGCGGCAGCAGAGAGCCCUUUAAGGGGCGGGGCCAGUGCUUCCCCAGGACCGCCCCCACUGGUUCGACUCCGCGCUUUCAGCACUGGCUCGCGCCUCCGCUUUUACUUUUCCUUCCCGUGUCUUCCCCGGUGACCCCGGAAGUGGAAGUAGCCCCAGGUCGGCGGCCGCGGCGGGGACGGAAGGCGGAAGCAGAGAGUGAAAGGGAGGCGGAGCCGGGGGAGCUGCUCUCGUAGCUCCUCCUGGCCCUCGGCCCAGCUGCUCGAGGGGGAGGAGUUACCGCUGCUCUUCGGCAUCAGAACUUACCAUGAUGGCUGUGACCUAAAAUCCUCAGGAAGCCCUGGGGUCAUGGCCCAGAAGCACCCCGGAGAAGGAGGGUUGUGUGGAGCCCACCACAGUGGUGGUGCCUCCCUCAGGACUUUAGGACCCUCUGUGGACCCUGAAAUACUUUCAUUCUCAGGACUCAGGGACUCAGCUGGGCCUGCUCCUAAUGGUACCCGCUGCCUCACAGAGCACUCUAGUCCUAAAUACACACAGCCCCCAAAUCCAGCCCACUGGUCAGAUCCAAGCCAUGGCCCUCCAAGGGGUCCAGGACCCCCUAGGGAUGGAGAGGACCCUGAUCAGAGUGAGGCAUCUUCAGAAGAGUCAGGAGUGGACCAGGAACUCUCAAGACAGAAUGAGGCUGGGUACCAGGAGGAUGGGAAUCCUUCUUUUCUUUCCAUUCCACCUGCUUGUAACUGCCAGGGAACCCCUGGAAUCCCCGAAGGGCCUUACUCUGAAGGAGGAGAUAGCUCUUCUAGCAACUUUUGCCACCAUUGUACCUCUCCAGCUUUGGGGGAAGAUGAAGAGUUGGAAGAGGAAUAUGAUGAGGAGGAACCUCUUAAGUUUCCCAGUGAUUUUUCACGUGUGCCCAGUGGAAAGAAACCUGCAGCCCGGAGACAACGGCACCGUGUUCCAGCCAAGGAGGAUACUCGGGAGGGUGGACGCAGAGAUCCCAGAUCCCCGGGUCGACAUCGGCUGGGUCGGAAACGGAGUCAGGCAGAUAAGCGCAGAGGACUGGGAUUGUGGGGAGCAGAGGAACUGUGUCAGCUUGGACAGGCAGGCUUCUGGAGGCUGAUCGAACUGCUGGUAUUAGUGGGGGAGUACGUGGAAACUUGUGGCCAUCUCAUCUAUGCAUGUAGGCAGCUGAAAGGCAGUGAUCUGGACCUUUUUUGGGUCUGGGUGGGAGUCUGGGCAGGGUGGCUGGGAGGCAGGGCCCAGGUGAUGUUCCAGUUUCUGAGCCAAGGGUUUUGCUAUGGGGCAGGGCUGUUCACCCGUUUUCUUAGGCUACUGGGUGCUUUGCUGCUUCUGGCUCUGGCCCUUUUGUUGGGCUGUCUACAGUUGGGCUGGCGGUUUCUGGUAGGACUGAGUGACCGGUUAGGCUGGAGGGGUAAAGCCACCUGGCUCUUCUCUUGGCUAGCUUCUCCCACCUGGCAGCGGUGCCUGAUUCUGCUGAGAGAGAGCAGGCCGUGGCAGCAGCUGGUAAGAAUAGUUCAGUGGGGUUGGCUGGAGUUGCCUUGGGUCAAGCAGAGGACCAAUAGGCAGGGGAAUGCACCUGUAGCUAGUGGUCGCUACUGCCAUCCUGAAGAGGAAGUGGCUCGGCUGUUGACCAUGGCUGGGGUUCCUGAGGAUGAGCUAAACCCUUUUCAUGUGUUGGGGGUUGAAGCCACAGCAUCAGAUGUUGAACUGAAGAAGGCCUAUAGGCAGCUGGCAGUGAUGGUUCAUCCUGACAAGAAUAAUCAUCCCCGGGCUGAGGAGGCCUUCAAGGUUUUGCGGGCAGCUUGGGACAUUGUCAGCAACCCUGAAAGACGGAAGGAAUAUGAGAUGAAGCGAAUGGCAGAGAAUGAGCUGACCCGGUCAGUGAAUGAGUUUCUGUCCAAGCUGCAGGAUGACCUCAAAGAAGCAAUGAAUACUAUGAUGUGCAGCCGAUGCCAGGGAAAGCAUAGGAGGUUUGAGAUGGAUCGGGAACCUAAGAGUGCCAGAUACUGUGCUGAGUGUAAUAGGCUGCAUCCUGCUGAGGAAGGAGACUUUUGGGCAGAGUCAAGCAUGUUGGGCCUCAAGAUCACCUACUUUGCCCUGAUGGAUGGAAAGGUGUAUGACAUCACAGAGUGGGCUGGGUGCCAGCGUGUGGGAAUCUCCCCAGAUACCCACAGAGUACCCUAUCACAUCUCAUUUGGUUCACGGAUGCCAGGCACCAGUGGGCGGCAGAGAGCUACCCCAGAUGCCCCUCCUGCUGACCUUCAGGAUUUCUUGAGCCGGAUCUUUCAAGUACCCCCAGGCCAGAUGUCCAACGGGAACUUCUUUGCAGCUCCUCAGCCGGGCCCUGGGGCCACUGCAGCCUCCAAGCCCAACAGCACAGUACCCAAGGGAGAAGCCAAACCGAAGCGGCGGAAGAAAGUGAGGAGGCCGUUCCAACGUUGACACCCCUUCUCUUUCCUCAAAUCAAUGUCAGGGAGUCAAAAGGGCUGUGUACAGCACAGGAUGGAGUUUGAUUUGUUUAUUUUUAAAUAUUUUAAAAAGGGAAAAUUUUAAGCUCAAAUUGUUCACUCAGUACUUAUAGGAAGCCCUGGAACCACUCUCCCUCCUCCACCAGCACCCAGGAACUGAAUCUUGUCUUCUGACAAUACCAAAGAAAUAGGGGGUGGCUAGAACAAAGAACCUAGGGCCUGGACCUGGGCUGGACGAUAUCUCCCAUAGUAGUGUGGGAACUGGGUAUUUCCCUGGGGUCUGGAUGCCUUUGUCUUGUCUUUUGCUUCUACAGCAGAUGACACUUUCCCCCCUCUUUUUAAACAUGUCUGUAUUAUUUCUUGACCCAUUUCAGAAGGGAGCCCCCUCCAUUGCCCCAAUAUAUUAGUAAAAAGACAGAACGAGAAAGCAUGUAACCCUAAUUAUAGGAGAUACAUAGAGUUCAGAGAGUGGGAACUCUCACCUUAUGAGUAAUCACCCAACUUGUUGCAGCUUGCAACUUGCAGCUUGUUGCUGCAGGGAUGACCAAAACUAAUAAUUUUUAAAAAACAGAUUCACACUCUCUGCCUUUGGGUGAGGGGGAAGGAUAGAGGGGCUCCCGGCAGCCCCCUUAUGAUCCAAGGGUUUGUAUUUUUUUAAGUUUGUUCAUAUUUGUAUGUAUAUAUCUAUUUAAAGCCAGGGGAUUACCAGGGGAUUAUCUUUCUAUAAAUACAUAACUGGCAA